AUGUUUCUUAAAGUUAUGGGACCAUGUAUUGAUUUGGAUGAGCAAGGCAGAAGCAGUGGGCACUUGAUGGACUUGGCUGAAAAUGAGAAGGCAGCACAUUCAGAUAUCUUUAAUAAUUUUGAAGAUGUUUUCUGA